AUGAUAGCCAGCGGCGGCGGCGGUAAAAACAACGACAAUGUCAACAACACCGGCGGUCAGAGCGAUGGAGGUGGUUCCACGGGAUCGAGUGCCGGGGCAGGUGGGGCCGAGGGUAGUGGAGGUGGAGGAGGGAUCGCCCUGAAAAAGGGCCCGUGGACGGCGGUGGAGGACGCGAUUCUCACAGAAUACGUGAGGAAGUACGGGGAAGGGAACUGGAACGCUGUGCAGAGGAACUCCGGGCUCGCCCGCUGCGGCAAGAGCUGUAGGCUCCGAUGGGCUAACCACCUCAGGCCCAAUCUCAAGAAAGGUGCCUUCUCCCCCGAAGAGGAGCGACUCAUUCUUCAGCUCCACGCUAAGUAUGGCAACAAAUGGGCUCGUAUGGCCUCUCAGUUACCUGGACGAACAGACAACGAAAUCAAGAACUACUGGAACACCAGGGUGAAGCGGCGCCUGCGGCAAGGCCUCCCGCUCUAUCCACACGACAUUCAACCAUCCUCCAACUCCCAAUCCCAAUCCCAACCAAACACUCCGACCAUCCACACUCCUUCAGCUCCAACCACACCUACCACCCCAACCAACUCAACCUUCCAUUUCCACUCCCACCACCACCCUUCUUUCACUCUCUCCCCGACCCCACCGCCCCACUCUCCCCUCUCCCCUUCUCACCAAUCCCUCUCCCCACAACCCUUCAACGCCAGCACCAUCACCCCCUCCUCCUUCACCUUCCAACGGCCCCCUCCGAUCCUAGGCACUCCCAUUCGCUUCAAGCGCUACCGUGACUCAACCGGUUUCUCGCUACCCAUGGCGUCAACGACACAAAGUAAUACCAGUCCUCUGGGCCAGCAUGCAUUGACCCAGUUGCCUGAUAUUACUUCCUUUCAGUUCCCAAUGACUUUUAGCGACAGUUCGCCUCAGCUUCUGAGGACCAGCCAGUCAGAACUGCACCAACUGGUGUCGCCGGGCUCUGCUUAUUCUCUUAAGCAGGAACUCCCUUCAAUCCAAUUAUCAUCGCAUUCUCCUCAGGCCGGGAUGUCGGAGUUUACCAUUGACGCAAAGUUUAAUGCGGCUGCCAGUCAGGGCAGCGGUAAUGGGUUGUUGGAGGACAUGUUGGAGGAGGCUCAGGCAUUGGCAGCGUCCAGCCACGGUUUGAUGACACAAAGUUUUUUGGAAGAAAAGCGUGUGUUUGAGGGUUCAAGCAUUGGGAGGGUUCCAAUUCAAUUUCUUCCUCUCCGGGAGUGAAACCACAGGCAGAAUCAGGAGUUCUGUUAAACUCCAUGCAGGAAGACUUGUCGAAAUUGUUCAAUGUUAUGCCUUCCAACAUUCAAGUCCCGGAUUGGUACAGUGAUAGUGGAGAAAUCUCCAAUGGCCAAUCUUCAGGUGUAACAGACGAUAAUAUCGGGAUCGACAUGCAACAUAUAGCUUCGAUUUUUCCUGUUGCUGCUUCAACAGACCACAGUAGAACCCCUGGCUCCUGCACUUGGGACAACUUGCCUGGAAUUUGCUAGGGAUGAUGGUUCAACUGAAUUAAUGGUGGUAAUAAUA